GUGAGCGGCCGGGCAGGGCGCCCCAGGAUGCUGCGGUUCCUGCGCAGGACCUUUGGCCGGCGGUCGAUGCAGCGCUACGGGCGAGGAGCCGGGCGAGGUGGGCUCGGCGGUGAGGGGGACGAGCGGGACGGGGGGCUGCGAGGAGCCGCCGCCGCCGCCGCCGCGGGAGGCUUCCCCUCCUCGCCGCACCCCGGAGGGGUCGUGCACGGCGCCGGAGCGCCCGUCCACAUCCCGGCGGCCGGCGGCAGUAAGCCGGUGCUGCAGUGCCGCGUCCUCCUCCUAGACGGGACCGAAGUCAGCGUGGAGCUGCCGAAAAAUGCAAAGGGCCAGGAGUUGUUUGACCAGAUUGUAUAUCAUUUGGACCUUGUGGAAACUGAUUACUUUGGCCUACAAUUCAUGGAUGCUUCCCAGGUUACACACUGGUUGGACCAUUCAAAAUUCAUUAAGAAGCAAAUAAAAAUUGGACCUCCGUACACGUUGCAUUUUCGAAUUAAGUACUAUUCAUCGGAACCGAACAACCUUCAUGAGGAGUUUACAAGGUACCUGUUUGUAUUACAGCUCCGGCAAGACAUUCUUUCAGGGAAACUGAAAUGCCCGUAUGAAACUGCUGUUGAACUAGCAGCUCUGUGUCUUCAAGCUGAGCUGGGAGAGUGUGAGCACCCCGAGCACACACCAGAACUCGUGUCUGAAUUCAGGUUUGCACCAAACCAGACUGAAACAAUGGAAUUUGACAUUUUUCAGAAGUGGAAAGAGUGCAGGGGAAAGAGCCCGGCGCAGGCUGAAUUGUGCUACUUGAACAAAGCUAAAUGGCUAGAAAUGUAUGGUGUAGAUAUGCAUGUAGUUAAGGGAAGAGAUGGUUGUGAAUAUGCUCUUGGACUGACACCAACGGGCAUAUUGAUCUUUGAAGGAGCCAACAAAAUAGGCUUAUUCUUUUGGCCUAAAAUCACAAAAAUGGACUUUAAAAAGAGCAAACUAACGCUUGUGGUUGUGGAAGAUGAUGAACAGGGCAGAGAGCAAGAGCACACAUUUGUUUUCCGGUUAGACAGUGCCAAAACGUGCAAACAUUUGUGGAAGUGUGCAGUGGAGCACCAUGCUUUCUUCAGAUUGCGAGCCCCAGCAAAUAGUAAAUCUAGUAGAUCCGACUUCAUAAGGCUGGGAUCACGCUUCAGAUUCAGUGGGCGGACAGAGUAUCAAGCAACACAUGGGACAAGAUUACGCAGGACUAGUACAUUUGAAAGAAGGCCCAGCAAGCGAUAUCCUUCUCGAAGGCAUUCAACUUUUAAGGCAAACAAUCCUGUGAAAGCAGCACAGCUGUGUGCUAAAAAUACUCCUGAAGUCCAUAACUACCAGCCACAGUAUCAUCCAAAUAUACAUCCUGCUCAGCCACACUGGCAUCCACAUACACCUGUGAAUGUGAGCUAUCCCUUGAACAACAGCGAUCUGCAUCAGUUCAACAUUGAGGAGAAUGGUGGAGCACCAUAUACCACAAAAAUGCCCGCAAGGCACCACCACCACCACCGUCACCACCACCACCACGCGAAUUUUGGUGCCCUUGCUCCGGACAGCAAAGACAUUGUUUCUGGAGUUCCAAACCCAAACAAACUGAGCUCAGGACUUCCCCUUCUUUAUGAUGAAACUUCUCAUCUGAAGAAAAUAGAAACGGAGAGUGUGAAGGUGGUUGGACCGUGGCCAGCCCUGCACGUCAGCAUGAACAAGGUUGAAGACAAGAAAGUAUCUGAAAAGACUCUUCAUGCCCCUGUGUCACCUUCAUCUGUACCUGACCAUAUGAAGUGCAAUAUCCUUAAAGCUCAAGUGGAAGCUGCUUUUAGAGUAGGCGCCCAGGCUGUGAAAGAAGAGACCUCUUUUGUAAAUCCCAGUAAGACCUCCAGCCUGCAGGACCCUAAUGUAAGAAGUCCAGCUCCAGUGCGACCUGAAACUACGCCGUCAACUGGCCCUACAGAAAAGCAAGAGAUUAAAGUUUCUCGUGUGAGGAAGUUAACGAGGCAGUACAGUUUUGAUGAAGAUGACCUUCCUCCAGCACUGGCAGCAGCAGCAGCGGCAUCAACACCUGUGUCUUCAGCAUCUCCCGGCUCACAGAAAACGUGCACACCACAGACGUCAGAAGGACAAACACAGGUUUCACCUGGUGGCAAGAGUUCUACAGAUGCUGGAAGUACAUUUGCUUUGGAGCCAGGUGACCUCCUGAUGGAUUUCACAGAGGCCACACCUAUGAUAAAGACAUUCCCUGCUGAUACAUCUAAUCCUUUUUUCGAUCCUUUUACAACAGUACCACAGUUUUCUGCAGAAUUUACAGACAGCAAAUUACAAUGCUGUGCGGUGCAGUCAUCUCCUAAGAUAACGCUGGUAACUCCAUCGCCCGUACUGAGAUCUUUGGCAGAGACUAUACCAACUCCAACGGUCCAGACAAUAUAUACGUCGCAUAAACCGAUUUCGCUGGCAGACAGCGCUGAGACUCUGAGGCGUGAACUUGAGAGAGAGAAAAUGAUGAAAAGACUCUUGAUGACAGAAUUAUGAAAUUCGCACUUCCGUCAGAUGGAGAAUGGAUUGGGGCCUUUCAUGUGCCUUCUGUCUGUUUACAUUCCUCUGCUUCUGUGUACUCAACAUAAUGCAUCGGGAAAAUGUGUGAUAUUCCUGGCUCGCCUGGAUUCACCACGGUUGGUUAAAAUUAGGUCUCGGCUAGACUUUAACUUGAAGGAGUUCCUUUAUUCGUUUGCUGCUGGGAAAUAAACCUUCAGUUCUUUAUCUCUCCUGAGAUUUUAUACUAUUAACACAAUUAAUUUCAGGUUUGGUUUUGGUAAAUCUAGGGCAAAAAGGAUCAGCAAGGAGCAUACUGAUUUCUAUUGGGAAACACUGUUCUGUACAUAUGUUAAUAAGUGCACAGAAAUUAAUGUUAUGCAGAAUAUUUUGAUAGUAACAUAGAAAAUAUGUCAUUUUGUACAACUGAAAAUUGCAAUGAGCUACUGCUAUUUGUUAAAGAACCAUUUUUAAAGCAGAAGAAUGAUUAUUACAUCCUAACCCCAGGACUGUUAGUCUCCACAGAAAAAUAAACAGCUGUCUUAUUAAAUUCCUAACCUUAACCUUCACUUCAGAGACAUAAAUAGCUGCAAGGGGGAAAGACAGCCCACCAUACAGGUAUACGCACCCAACGCUCCCUAUGGUUUGUCAUCUUGACCUAAACUUUCAACUAAAUCUUACCGUAUUUCCAUUAAUGGAAAAAAAAAAAAAUCAGUUGUUUAAAGUAAUUUGCUACUGACUUUCUAGCUUGAUACUGACUUUUUUUAACGAAGUGAGAAGUUUCACCUUCUCCGGGUUGCCUAGGCAUUAGCGCUCGCCCACACUCAGACGGCUCCUGCCCCGGCACUGCAGGUUGCAGAGCCUCAGCGGUGUGGACAUAGCUCGCGCAGGGAGGAUUUUUUUCCUUCCUGGCUAGAUAAACCACCUUCCUGACUGACGUGAAUCGAUCGAUCACUUUAAAGAAUAAUAACAAUGAUAGUUUAUGACAUAGCUGUGUCUAUGCCCGUUUUUUUCACUCUACUAAUCAGCACGUGUGUACCGGCAAACCUGGGGGGGGUACGCCUGGCUGUACGUCCCCUUCACCUCCAGCACGCAAGCGGGUUCUUACCUUCAGUGGAGCUAUCUCGGGCAUCAGGUGGGGUGGGUAGUCCAGUGCUAGCAGAACCGCAGCCCCAGGGAGGGUGUUUAUGGUAUACAGGUAAUGCCACCAACUGUUUCCUAGGACAAAAAAACAGAAGAAAGAAGUUCUCCAUUUCCCCCCGUUCAGUAGUUGCAGGGUCAUCCAGAAAGCUACCAACAACUGUCAGCUACAAGGUACUCUUCCGACAGGAAAGUUUUGUGCGUUUUGUAUGGCUGAAGAUGUGUAUUUUUCUGUUACUCUGUACGCUAUGUUCUCUUGUUUGUAUUAAGAUAAAAGAUUGCCCUUAAUUUGAUACUGAUUACGAUGGCUUUAUCUCAGCUUAAGCAGUUUGUUUGUGUGGAGGCUGGGAAAGUGAUUGCUGUGAGACUGAGUUUCCUUCAGAGUCAGCUUGUGCUCUUUUUUCCGAAAGGAGAAUUCUUGAGAGCAUCGUAGGACUGUGGAUUGCAACGUGGAGGUAUAGAAUGACUUGUCUCUUUUAUAUUUACUGGGACAAGAAAUUAGCAUUAGGCUCCCCAGUUAAAUCCACCAACCCCAAACCUUUCUGGUUGCCAUGAAACGGGGCAAAAUAAACAGCACAAGCGUUAGGUAGAAACUCGCAAUACAAAAUGUAACGAAGUAGCUCAACAUGAGCAAUGGGCACAAGGAGCCAUAGAAACACACCUGGACUGCAGAUUUCGGAGCGCUCAGGUGACUUUGCUGGGUAAUCGGAUAGGACUUGUACGCUGUCCACCUUCUAGUUACAGUGCCAGGACACUUCUGUUCCUUAUGUCUUAAUAUACCGCUCCAUCAACCCAAGGUUAUUAAAAAUGGAUUAGGAACAGUAAAUCCCUGUGAAGAAAUCAGAAAGGAGGGGAAAACGCAACAGACGCAAAAGGCUGCAUCUCCCGUGUCCUGUUACUCGCCACUUCCCAGACGGUACUGGGAGAGGGAGAAGCAGCAGCGCAUUUUGUCUGUGCCCAAGUAAAAGGGAGCAUUGUGAAGAACAAAUAAAAGAAAAUUGUAAUCAGAGGUGCUGUUUUGGGAGAGGAAAGCAAAGUAAGAUUGAGAAUAGCACAGCGCUGACUAGCUGAAUCUGGUCUUCUGCCUGCUGUUAAGCAAGCCCCAGUUUUGUGUAAAAUGGCAGCAGUUUCACAAGGUUAUUGUCAAGGAAAAACAGCAAAACCAGAUCUGAACGCACGCUUCGGUCGUACUGAUUGCCGUGGAGUGGACUUUAGGAACCCCGCGAUACGCCUUCAGGUUUGGGGGCAAACAGAUCCAAUUACCUGCAUUAGGGCAGUCUGGUCACAGAAGGAAAAGCCUUUAGCAAAACUGAAUGCCUGACUCAGACCAGCCCCACCAGAUGUUCUGGCUCGUAAACCAGCUAUUAGUUUAUUAUUUUAAAUGCAAUGUUUUGCUCCCAUUGUAUAACAAUUCUUCAGCUGAAAUAGCCAGAACUGGAAAACAAGAAACGUGAACCGAGAUUACUUUACAGUGGCCAAGUCUUUAUAGCUGAGAAACAGCAGAGACUCCUUCCCUCCUUGGUUCCCACCAGGAGAAUAGGGAAAGGCUCGCCUGGCCGCUUAGUUCCCGUGGGCUGUUUUCCACAGAACAACCCUAAGUACGUUGCCUUGUCUUGUUUUAGUGUCUUAUCCACUGGCUGCCACUGUUUCCUAUUCUGCAGUCUAAUGGAGCUUUAUUAAAACUGUUUUACUGAUAUCAAACUAAACUUUUAACUGCGGAACGUCAUCACCUUGUUCUUUCUUACUACGUACAUCCUUCAGCCACGCUUAAGCGUCUCACUUUUCACAUCCUCUGAAUAAACCCUCCUGCCUCACCUCUGGUUGGGAAUUACAGUGUUAGGACACCUGUUAGCCAAAACUGUUGUAAACAAGACAACGUCAACAUGAACAUACGCUGAGGGGCAAAUACUCUGGAUUUGCCCCUCGACUUUAACUUUACAGGUGUUAAAGGAUACUCUGCCUGAGGGUAUGUCUAUAUAAUAGUGCAGAAGUAUCUGAGCUAGCUUUAAUGAGCUUGCCUAUGUAGUUGUGGCAGCAUGAAGCCCAGCACAGGCUAUCAUUAUCAUGUACAUUGACGUGUGUAAAGAUAACGCAUUUGAACAGCAGCCUUCUGAAGCAUGGUCUCCAGAGUCGGUGACAGGAAAGGGUGGCUGAAAGGAGUUCGUCUCUUCAGCUCUCCUGGGAAAGGCUUCAUCUCACCUAACGUUAAUACGCCCAACUCUCCGCUGACAAGAGAUCAAAGGAACUGCCUUCCGGAGGUGUCUCUGACUUAAACGUCUACCUUUACGUUGCUUAAAGUUAAGUGAGAUGAAUCCGGCUCUCCGUCCCUCUGGUUAGGUCUACAUUGCAAACCCUUGCCGACACGGCUACAUCAUCCAGGGGUACUCUGAGGUAUGAUUUGUGAUCGACGUAGCUCUGCCAGCGAAAGCCUUGCGUGUUCGGUGUAAAUACACUACCAGAAACACCCUGUUGUCAGAACAGCUUUUAUCCCUUUACAGGGAGAACAGAGCCCUGGGGUAACUUAAAGAGGCAUCGUUAUAGUUGUGCCCGGUCUGGGAAUAGCUUGUUGAUGAAACCUGCUGUAGCCACGCUGGCAAAGCCUACCAGGGGUGGCCCUGGCUUUUAACAGUGCCCCGAGCGAUGCUCCGACCCGGUCAGCAGAUCCCAGCUUUCCAGCGUGAAGUCUCUAAGCAGCAGAAUGCAAUGUUGUCAUGUUUGGGUGAUUCCAGCAAAAUUUAUUGGCCAUUUCAAUAGCUAUGCAAGGAGUUAAAUAUUUUCUCAUAUUGCAGUCUCUUAUGGAAGCCAGUCAAUUGUGCUUUGUUUUUGUGUGGUUCAGCUUUUUUCACUAUUUUGUUUUAAAAGGAAUAACCGGGUUUUCUUUAGAAGCGUUGUUUGAGAUCCCACAUCUCUGUCAGAUCCCACAGUGUGUGCAGAUUUUUCACAUUUCAGACAUACUUAGACCCUGAAAGUGCAAUGUUUGAAAAUAAACUCCUCCAAAGUUUCAGUUCGUGGCUUCACAACUCUCUUGCGACAGGAUGCCUACGUGCCCAUUUGAAACAGAGCUGGCAAUGCAGUGAAAUGUUUCAUUGGAGGCAGCGCCAUGUUUCGUUUGAACUGUUUACAAAUAUCCUUUGUUUUUCUUUCUUUUUUUUUUUUCUGAAUACAUUUCUGGUUCAUUGGCUACAAAAACCUACUCGUAAUUAUGCAAUGGAAUAUUGUUUCUUUCUUUUUUUCUUUUUUUUUUUUUUAAAUGUCCUGAUAUUCAAGGAGUUUGCAAUAAAUAUACUGAGGCUGAUCCGUAAUUGCAUGUAAGAUCAGCUUCACAACUGUGUUUUGUAAAGUUAAGUGCCGUAAAAGAACCUGUAGAUGAUGUGGAGAAGGAGGGAAGGGAGAGAGCAAGUGGAGGAGAAGGCUUCUUUGGCAGCUGCAGCUUUGACUGGUGGGUAGCAGCUUUAAAGUAAGAUUGCUCACACCAUUUUGUUUCAUCUGAGUAGCAGCGUGUAUCAUCAGACAAUGUAUGAUGGCAUUUUGUUGAAAACAUGCCUAGAGAGAAACUUUUACGGCUCAGCUGUUUACCUGUUCCUGUAUUCAUGCCUGCAAUAAAUGAGAUGAAAAAUAAA